AUGACUGCGCCUGUCAUAGCAAACCUGGAACCUAUCGAAUCAGCUCCACCUGUGGUCAUCUCCAAGGCUAUGGGGGCACCACAAAAUUUCUACAAUCUCCAUCUUGAUGCCCCCAAAGCCUUGGUCCUGUCAUCAGCGGCUGUGCCCACCGCUGAUCCAAUUGCUGCUCCCAUUACUACCUCGGUGACUCCACUUGUCGCGCCUCUAGCGACUCCACCUACGACUCCAACUGCUGCAGCUCCAGCGACUAUGCUCGUCACUGCUCUAGUGGUUCUAAUUACCAUUGGCCCAAUGGCUUUGACCGCUACUGCUCCUGUGGCAUGCUCCACCACUGCAUCAGAUAAUCCAGGAGUGAUUGUAGCUCCACUCUCCUGCCUCCAAUCCACCUAUGGUCCAGGCUGA